AACCCAUCAUACGAUAAUACACAUUUUUUCACAAUCGAUGACGACGAUAUUGAUGAGGACGAGCAGAGUUUUGCAAUAGUUGCUGAGAUAGGACCGGACGUUCCUGAUGGUAUCAGUUGCUUCCAACUUCGAAGAUCAACAGAGUGCUUUGGACGACGUGGAGCCACUGAAAUUAGAAUCAUCGACAAUGAUCCUAUGAUCAUUGGGUUCACUCAACGCAUUCGAACAGUAUCGGAAGGUGAAGUGCCUGGAGAGGAACUGUUCCAGCUGGAGAUCGACGUUGAGAGCGUGAGGACAGCUGAAAGAGAACAUCCAAUGGUGUUCCGGCUCCAGGAAGCCAAUGCUAUUGUUGAGACACUGACAGCAGUUAGUUCCAUAUUUGAUGCUACAUUUGGUCAAAGGGAAAAUCCCGAUGGUCCCAUUGAGGAAGCCCGUGAUCUGGACCAGGGAACGCGUAGAAUUGUACCAUUGCUUACAACCAUCAGAAAUGACUUGAUUCCAGAGAACAAAGAAUGCUACACUAUACGCAUAUUCCCUGUCAAUGUUCCGGGUCGUCGUGAGCAGCAUUUUGGAUGCAACCACGAUGCUGAUAGGGCAGAUAACUACUUCUGUGAGCACACAAUCUGCAUCCAGGAUGACAAUGAUCUAAGUUAUGCAGAGUCAUUUCAGGUUGCUUUUGUAAGAACAAUGUACACUGUUGAUGAGAGUGCGGAUCCCGUGUUGGUCUGUGUCAAUCUCACUCGACCUGAAAUUGACGUUCUUGAUGCAACUGUCAAUGUGUUUGUAAUUGACUUUCCAAUGUCCAUGUACAUUCCAGUUGGUGACGUCCCUUUU